GUACUCCAACAUGUUGGCUCUUUCAGCUCUUGCGCUCGUUUGCUCAGUAGCAUGGGCUAAGGAGAUUCCUGUCGAUGAGGACAGGGCUGCUAGAAUGUAUGACUCUGGUUUAGUCCACGAGUCUAUCAUGGCUGCCAAACAUGUAUGCCACUAUUAUCUAGGAACCGCAUACAACAAACUGAUCAAAAUCCCUUAGAAAACUUGGGCAAAGACAGAAGCUUCAGGGGCCAUGAACUCAGCACAAUAUCCAGAGUUGGGAUACACUCCAUGUGUUGAUGGAGUGGCAGCAGCUGUAAGCAACUCUUCCCUUUUCUACUUUUCUUAAAGACGGUCUCUUUGUGGUCGGGAGCAAUGACCUCCCCAACCUUACUCACGACUCCCUGGUCUUGGACUAAGAAGAAAAAUGUGUGCUAACUGACCACAGAUUCCUGGCGAUGCCAACAACUCGUUCAGAUGUUCCAACGUAAGUAUGGGUUUAUUAAAACUCUGUGAAUACCAAACUCACUCCAGUCUAGGCUGAUUUGUAUCACUUCCUUGCUCAUGCCGAUCUUGGAAGUAGCGGACAAGGUUCUUCAUCGUGGGGUUGGACCUCUGAAGAUGGGCGGGAAUUCAUGGCUAUUGGCCAACAAGAUGGAGCUGCAUUUGUCGAGAUUUCCAAGGAAGGAAAAUUGGUAUAUCUCGGUCGACUUCCUCAAGCAAGCACACCUUCUAUCUGGAGAGAAAUCCGAGGAUAUGAGCACUACAUGGUCAUUGGGAGUGAGGCUGUUGGCCACGGCAUUCAAUUCUUUGACAUGACCAAAGUUAGUAAAUUUACAAAAGGUCGAGUCUAUUUGAAUUAACAAAACCUUCAGCUUUUGACACUCGAUCCUGCAAGCCCGAAAACUUUUGACGCUAUUGCCGACUUGGCGGGUUACUUUAACGGUCUCCCUGUAGGACGCACCCACAAUGUUGUCGUCAAUCAAGAACUUGGAUACGCCGUCUCGGUCGGUGCCCAACCAAGAACCUCAGCAUGUCGCUCGGGUCUGAUUUUCAUGGACCUUUCUGAUCUUUCCAAUAUCACAAGCCCAGGUUGCUCAGGCGCAGAUGGUUAUGUCCACGACGCCCAAUGCUUGGUUUACCGUGGACCAGAUGCCAAAUACAAUGGUACAGACAUCUGCUACGGCUACAACGAGGAUUCAUUAACCAUCUACGACGUUUCUAACAAAGCAAACGCCAAAAUUAUCUCCAAAACCUCCUACGAAGGUGCCUCAUACACCCAUCAAGGUUGGGUUCUUGAUCCCAUGAACCAAGAAUACCUUCUGUUGGACGACGAAUAUGAUGAGGAAGAACAAGCCGGCCUCGCUGCUGAUGGUUUCCCUGUUACCUACAUUUGGGACAUCAAGUCUCUCGAGGCACCCAAGCAAACCGGAUACUUCAAAGCCCCAGUCCGAGGUAUCGACCACAACCAAUAUGUCAUUGAUGGAUUGACAUACCAAUCCAACUACGGUGCUGGUCUUCGUGUCGCAGAUGUCAGCUCCAUCCCAGCAGAUCCUACUGGAGCGAGUGUUUGCGACGUUGCCGCUUUUGAUAUCUACCCUGAGGAUGAUGCCCUCCCAGAUGGUGGUCUUAUUGAUUUCGUGGGUAGUUGGAGUAGUUAUGGGUACUUCAAGAGUGGAUUCGUGGUCAUUAAUACUAUUGAGAGGGGUGUUUUCGUUGUCAAGUUGACUUCGAAGAUUUGUACAUAGGGUCUCUAGGGGUUGUGAGAGUGGAGAGGGUGUUUAUGAUAAUGAG